AUGCCCAUCUUGCACCGUCAGCAAGGGGGCGAAUCGUCCAGUCGCACAGCGAGCGCCUUUGUCACCUUGACGCUCCCAGCUAUUCCGCAGUCAACCAGGCCAACGGAAUCGAGCAACGUUGCCCAACUGUCGGCCAGUUUACGCCUCAGUUCCCAUUCCAUAGAGGAGCCUACGACCCAGCUCCCGCCAUCUUCUUUCACCAGCGAAACUGUGCCAGUCUCUUCCGUCCGAUUUCAUUCAUCUUCGACAGACAUCGCCAGCUUCACCAAAACCUCUUUAUUCGUAUCAUCAAGUAACCCUGAGAGACCAGAAGCAACCUCUUCACUGUCCCCAACUAUCUCAGGUGGUUCUAGUCCUCAUGCCGUAGGCGACGCAGCUGCACCUGCACCUCCGGGGCCGUCCAUUGCGUCGGCCUUUCAAGGGGACAAGGGACCACCUAGUAUGCCCAACACGGAGGAAAUGUCGCCAUCGAGCAGCACCCAAUUGUCUACUGCAAAGCCUCUCGCUCGUAUUUUGAGUUCCUCCACUAGAACGGCAAGCGACACUGCUGGCACCAUAACUAGCGCAACUCACACCUCCCAAAUUCCCUCUACACUCGCUGCACCCUCGGCCACGAAGGACCCUAUGAAGGGUCCUCCUUUCGUUGAAACUGCCCAAUCGACUUCUUCGAAAAACACUCUUGUGGUGGUGUUUGCAGUUCUAUUCAGCGUCGUCUGUUUCGCCGUUGCCGUAUAUUUCCUUUACAGACGCCUACGGCGCCGACGAGGCAGUAGCUAUGUUCGCAACUAUCGACCAGCCAGAGGCAUUGAAGUGCGUAUUGAUGCAAGCAUCCCCGAAGAGAAGGUGGAUGUCGUCAGGCCAAGUGUCCGAGUCCAAGAGGACCCGUUUCUCUUGUCCCCGCAUAAUACCAGCAGUACAAAUCUAUCUAUGGCAUCCACUCUGCAGUCGCAGUCGCAGUCUACUGACCUCUACGAACCACGCGCCAUUUCAACUGACGACGCGGUCCACAUCCAUCACGUUCAUGGCGAAUCUACCGACUCAACGAAAAGUUCAAGUCACGAAUCAGCGAUGUCCAGUCCCUACUCCGGGAUGGCCUUAUUCGCAUCCCCUGCCACUACUUUCACAUCCGUAAGCGCCGCGAGCCCACAGACUCGAAGGAACAGGUUCGCGCCCUCGUGGCAUUACUCGCCUCGGGCCCCUCCCCGAAGUGCUUCUCGCACGUCAAACAAGCUACAGGACACGAGAGACGCCCUCCUCGGUGCUACAUGGAAAGGGCAUAUGUUAUCGUCCUUGCUGACAGGCGAUGCGUCGCAAAGGCGGACAAGAUGA